UGCCAUUGCCGUAGCCACUCCAACAGCGCAAGCACGGCCCAGCGGCUGCUGCUGCAUCGUUUCAAUACCUCUUUGCCCCGCAGCUGCCCUUACACCACUCGCCCAGGUCGGAAGCCGGUGCGUCUUGCCUCCAAAUUUGAAUUCCUUGUACAGAGCUCUAGGCUCGCUCCUGCUGUGUCCUAAACAAAAAGACUCAAACGGUGGUACGGGCUGGAAUGAGCUUGCGAAACGAACGCCACAGAUGGAUGGGCGUGACGCUGCCACCGCGAUAACGAACGCUACAGAUAAUACCAUUCCGCACAGGGCGAAAGUGGCCAAGGGCAGUGUUGGUCGCGGGGCCAGCGACUGGUACGCGUAGGUAGGGCAUCCCCAAGUUGACGUUUCACACGCGGAGCUCCCUCUGACAGUUUGCCCUGACCGCUGUUUGACAUCGCCACACAUGCACUGGCACGCGUAGCCCGCAGGGCAUCUGAUGGGUGCAGAGCAAUAGCAAGAGGACAAACGAUGGGGGCAGCGCUAGGUGGCUCAUGCGGAGGGAGCACCAAGGAGGUUGCUGGGAGCCAGUGUGACGGGCCUCCUCCAGGCGAACAACCGCCCGAAUUGGACGCGUGGAUCGACAACAGCACCUGGCCAGGCUUACGCUCCAUCGUGACCAAGUCAUACCAAAUCUCAAGCCGCGAGCGCUGGUCCAAGUUCCUUGGUGCGGGUCUGCUGGACGCGGCUUCGGACGGCAACCUCGCGGGCGUCAGGCAACUCAUGGCCGCCGGGGCCCCCCUCCAGGCGCGUGACCUGGAAGGGCACACUCCGCUCCACCGCGCGGCGGUGGCGGGACACGCAGGCGUGGCUGAGCAGCUCCUCAGCAGCGGCGACGGCAGGGCGCCACCCUUGGGUGGGGCAAGCCCAUCGUCCAGCAGGGUGGUGCCGGAGCCGCCUAGCCUUAAGUGGCAGGCCAGCAUGGAAGGGCCCGUGCUGGUGCCCUCUGUGUCUCUUGUAAAACGGGCAACGCUGGACGCUCGCGAUCACUCGGGCUCGUGCCCGAUACACCUGGCCACGGCGUGCGGACACGCAGACGUCGUCCAGGUCCUGCUCCAGCAUGGUGCCGACGUCUCGGGCUUUAACGGCGUGGCGCAAAGCCCUCUCCACACAGCGGCGGCCGGACUGGACUCCGGAGACUGCGUGCGCCUCCUGCUGGACGCGGGAGGGGACUUAAAGGCGAGAGACAGUGCCGGCAGAACGCCUCUGCACGUCGCUGCCUCCGCGGGGAACACGAUGGUUGUAUCGAUCUUGGUGGACAGCGGCGCGGAAGUCGAGGCCAGGGGGAACAUCAGCAACCGCACGCCUCUGCACGAGGCUUGCGCGUGCCUGCACGCAGAAAGCGUUCAGCGGUUGCUGCAGCACGGAGCGGAUGAGCGCGCGGUAGACAUCGAUGACCUCACACCGGAGAACAUGGUUUACGAGGGAAUGACCGAAGAGCGGAAGGCGGCAGAUCCUACAAUCGCUCCAGUUGGAGAAGCCAUAUGCCGCAUGUUGGCCGAUGCACCCCAAGACAGACUGUGGCGGCGUCGGCGACUGCUGCCGUUGCUGCGGUGGCGCCAGCCACCGCCCGCUUUCGACUCGGAACCGGGUACUGCCGUUACCGUUGAUGCCGGCUCGAGCCAGUCCAUCUUCGAGCUUGUGGUGUGCGAGGAAGAGGGCAUCAUGCGCAACAUCGUGUCCUAUUUAUGACCCCGCGGCCUGGGAGGUGAGCGAGCGGGGUGCCGCCUCGAGCGCCGAUCGCACAAGUUCCCCGAUUUGCGACCACCGAGAGGAGGGAUACGAUUCCAAACGUCUCAUGGCGUAGGCACUGUUGGGAGAAGCAGCGUGCGUAUCCUGGCCGGGGUCCAACUCUGGUGCCCCAUGCAUUCUCUCUGUAUAUGUAUGCUUUGCGUUGUUGGUGUUGGUGUAGGGGUUGUACCGUAGUGGCGUGCUGCAUACCCAAGGAGAAGCUGUUUGCAUGUGUCCCGCCUGUAUAAACAUGUAGGGGUUGUAUCGUAGGUAUGGGGAAUGACGUCAAUAUCUUGAAGGAUAUGAUACAUGGGCAUUCAACGUACAGCAGUGGGACCAGCUCCUGCGCAAGCAUCAACUGGCGAAUCGAAGGCACACGGCGAACGCAAAUCGAAACCUCUUGCUCUUAUCUAGAGCAGUAGGAAUGGCGACGGCUUCCGCACGGCAAUAUCUCUUCGAACCUAAGAACCUACUGGUAUAGUUUUUGCCGACGCUUCCUCGAGAUUAUGCGACGAAUGACCGUUACAUCGGUUUAGUGUAGGGGUUUAACCGAGCUCACAAAU